AAAUCUACCCAGCAUGCAUUGUGCGGUGAUCGAUUCUGCUCACGCCUGGCUUAUGUCGAACGAGCCUAAUGUCACAGAUUUUGUUUUUCUUUCCACACUGUAAACACGCUGAAUCUCAGAACCCUCCGCUCGAGAGACACUUUGCACAACAACGUCGCGGCGGCGCCUCCGCAAAAAUACAGGGCGUGACAACCGCCCACACUGGACUGGACUUUUGAAAACAAAAACAAACAAACACGUGAUGUUUUAUUUUGAACACGGAAGCCGAACUCCCGAUAAUCAAAACAUGGAGCUGCCCCAGCAGCGUCCUGCGACCAACGAUGCUAACGUUAGCACAGCUAGCUAACGGCUCGGCUCAGUCUUUCAGCUGAAGAAGGAUUGACGACCGUUGUCAACUUGUUGGGACGUGUGCAAUUGAUUUCAUAGCCGACGGGGGGUUUGUUACGGACCUGAAACAGGACGAGGAGCUAAUUCAUUAGCUAAUGUGAACACCCAGCUGUGUCUAUAGCUCGUCAGUUAGCAGCUGUUGGUUAAGCUAGCUUGUUGAAUAGGGAGGAGUUGUCAUUAGUGUUGCUGCAGGGUGGGGGUUAGAUAUCAGUUCCACUUUGGGAAGACGGUGUCAGACAAAAUGGUGUUACGGAGCUGCUGGAAGUCUCGACAUAAAACAAGCUGCCGUGGACCAGCUCCUUGUUGGAUCCUGCUCUGGUUCUGUGUGACCCAGUUUGUUUUGGGUGGUGGGGCGCAGGGGCAGACCAAGAACGUGGUCCAGAAAGAUGCCGAAUUCGACAUCACCUACAACGACACCGUCACCAGUGAAAACCAGACCAUCUAUGCGUUCAACCACACCGUCUCCAGGAAUAAGUCGGAGGGAGUGCGCGUGACCGUGGAUGUGUCGCAGGGCUUCGAGAGUCCCAUCCUGUUCGUGGUGCGACAGAAGCAAGCUGUGCUGUCGUUUCAGAUCCCUCUCAUCCUAAGAGGCCUCUACCAGAGGAAGUACCCGUACAAUCAUGUGGGCCGGACGUUGUGCCAGCCUCCGACCCGGGUCGCCUCGGAGACCCAGUACUUCUUUGUGGACGUGUCUACCCUCUCCACCCAGGGUACGAACUACCAGCUCAGGGUCAGCCGCGUCGAAAGCUUCACCCUGCAUACGGACAAGAAGUUCAGCUUCACCGCGUCACCAUCACAACCUCAGUACUUCAAGUAUGUCUUCCCGGACGGGGUGGACACUGUGAUCGUAAAGGUCAACUCGGACAUGACCUUUCCCUGCUCCGUCAUGUCCAUCCAGGACAUCCAGUGUCCCGUCUAUGACCUCGACAACAACGUGGCCUUCAUUGGGAUGUACCAGACGAUGACCAAAAAAGGCGCAAUCACUGUGCAGAGAAAAGACUUUCCCAGCAACAGUUUCUACGUGGUGGUGGUGGUGAAGACGGAGGACGAGGCGUGCGGCGGUCCGCUGCGCUUCUACCCUCUCCGUCCCGACGAGCUCAUCGACGCCGGGAACCGCAGCAAGAUCAUCGACGUGAUCGUCACACCUGCUAUCAAAUCGGAGGUGUAUGUGAUGGGCAUGCUGUUCUGCCUGGGUAUCUUCCUCUCCUUCUAUCUGCUCACCUUGCUCAUGGCCUGUGUGGAGAACAAGCGGAUGAAGAAGAGCGAGGUGUUUCAGAUUCCUGCUGACAUGUCGCCCGCUGAGACAGCCUCUCUGCUCGGGAAGAACGGAGACGCAGGCCAAACUCCAGCCUCCCCAUAUGAAUACGGCUCCUUUGCCGACAACGGCAGCACACUGAGUUCAGAGGCCAUCACGGACAGCGCCACGUCCACCGACAACAACUAUGGAUACGUUGGACAGGAGCCUUUCAAACGGCGCCCAAUCCUCAAUCACCUCCAUCACUUAGCCAUCCGUAUUGAUCGAUCGUUGGACAGUGUUGGGCGGAGCCGGCAUGAGUCCCUGAGCUCUGUGGAGGAGGACGACUAUGACACGCUGGAUGACAUCAACUCGGACAAAAACAUUGUCCGCACCAAGAAGUUUCUCUAUGUGGCUGACCUGUCCCGCAAAGACAAGAGGAUCCUCAGCAAGAAAUACCAAAUCUACUUCUGGAACAUCGCUACCAUCGCUGUGUUCUACGCGCUGCCAGUCGUCCAGCUGGUCAUCACCUAUCAGACGGUGGUCAAUGUCACAGGAAACCAGGACAUCUGCUACUACAACUUCCUGUGUGCCCACCCUCUGGGGGCUCUAAGCGCAUUCAACAACAUCCUCAGCAACCUCGGCUACGUGCUGCUGGGACUCCUCUUCCUCCUCAUCAUCCUCAAAAGAGAUAUCGUCCACCAGAGAGCUCUGGUCCGCAAUGACAUCAACGCGCUGGAAUGUGGCAUCCCAAAGCACUUCGGUCUGUAUUACGCCAUGGGAACGGCUCUGAUGAUGGAGGGCUUGCUGAGCGCCUGCUACCACGUCUGUCCCAACUACACCAACUUCCAGUUUGACACCUCCUUCAUGUACAUGAUUGCUGGACUGUGUAUGUUGAAGUUGUACCAGAAGAGACACCCAGACAUCAACGCCAGUGCGUACACUGCAUACGCCUGCCUGGCUGGGGUCAUCUUCUUUUCUGUGCUGGGAGUGGUGUUCGGGAAAGGAAACAACGUCUUCUGGAUCAUUUUCUCGGUGAUCCACAUUCUGGCCACCAUGCUCCUCAGCACACAGCUGUACUACAUGGGCCGAUGGCGGCUGGACUCCGGGAUCCUGCGCAGGAUGGCGCACAUCAUCUACACAGACAGCAUCCGGCAGUGCAGUGGACCGAUGUACAUCGACCGGAUGGUUCUGCUCGUUAUGGGGAACAUAGUCAACUGGUCUCUAGCUGCCUAUGGCCUCCUAGAGAGACCCAACGACUUCGCUUCCUACCUGUUGGCCAUCGCCAUCUGCAACCUGCUGCUCUACUUUGCCUUUUACAUCAUUAUGAAGCUGCGGAGCGGUGAGAGGAUCCAGUGUCUGGCGUUGGUGUGUAUUCUGUUCACAGCCGUGGUCUGGGGCCUUGCACUGUAUUUCUUCUUCCAGGGUCUCAGCACCUGGCAGAAAACUCCCGCGGAGUCUCGUGAGCACAACAGGGACUGUAUCCUGCUUUCCUUCUUUGACGACCACGACAUUUGGCACUUCCUCUCCUCCAUCGCCAUGUUCGGAUCCUUCCUGGUCCUCAUGACCAUGGACGACGACCUCGACACCGUCCAGAGAGACAAGAUCUUCGCCUUCUAGAUAUGCGAGAUCUCCUGUGAUGAGCUCGGCUCUUCCUCUCUGCCUUAUCGACCCCUCGUCUCUCUCCGUUUGCAUCUCCUUUUCGUGUUUUAAACGAGCACAGCCUGUUUCCCCCCCUCCGGGCUGUACAGCCAGUCAGGGAGGAGCGGUAGCCCCUCCCCCCCCGCACCUGUAUGGACACACAUGUGCCAAUGAAGAGCCCGGGUGGGAGACGCCGACGUGUUUCGUCCUCUCGCUGCCAUCUUCGAUGUAACCGUUGUAAUGGAUGUUAACUUCCUGCUGAAGAUAAGGAUGUACACACUUGCUAAAUAACAAAACAAAAACUAUACGAAAUUAACUUAUUUUAUACUGUCGGCAUUAUAUUUGACCUGCAAGUCAGCGAUGCAUUUUGAAAUGUUUUAUGUUGUUUAUAUGCUCUGUGUGUGUGUGUGUGUGUGUGUGUGUGUGUGUGUGUGUG